AUGGGGUUUAUUGAAGAAUUAAAAUCCAAAAAUUUCUCAAUUUAUGCUCAAUGGUAUGUCUGGAAGUUUGAGCGUCUUUCAUUCUUACCAUUAAUGUUUGGGCUUGCGUCCAUAGUUUUACUCGUCGUUGCUGGUGUUUUAGCGUUCAUAUACAACAUUAUUUUUGCCAUUUUGGCCUGGGUUAUCGCUUUUCUUCUGAUUUUUGUUGAAAUUCCACUAUGCACGAAGAUUUGCCCGACGAGUCCUAAAUUUGAUGCAUUUACAAAAAAAUUUGAAAAUCAUUUCUUUCGCACGAUCGGAUAUCUUAUUUUUGCAACAUUGAUGUUUGUAUCCACCAUUAUUUCAAGAACAAUAUUAAUCGCACCUGGGGUUACUUUACUUCUGGCUGGCAUAUGUUAUGGCAUUGCCACUGCGAAGCUUCAACGACACGCGUCUAGUUCAAUUACUGGAGGAACGGGUGUUUGA